GAAAAACAGAGUGAGUGUUGUGAAAAUUUCAAACUGCGAACGAAGCAAAAACGCGAAACACUAAUGGAUACGACAAUGAACAACAGGAUGGAGCGAUAGCAAAUUUCCACAAUCGGGCGAACAAACAGCUGAAGAUGCAGAAUGAAGGCGAAAGGAAGCUAAUUUAGUGCUGUGAACUGGAUGAACAGCGGUAAUUGAUACGACGGCGGAUGAUAUAUUGAGAUGGAUCACCCGAAAUUUGAGAUAGCGCUAUCGGUGGACGAGGAAAACGCCCUCACCUUGUACGAGGAACUCGAACGGACCGACGUCAACAACCUGAACCUGAACGUAGACUGCUGUUGUGGUCUUCUUCGAUCGUCGCCCUUCCACCAGCCCAAAUCCAAAUCUAACUCCCGGGAACGGUUACGGGCCGAUUCCGGGGUGUCCAGCGACGAUGAAAAAGACGCCGAUAGUUGUUCACAAUCUUCAACAGCAGAGCACAACAGUGAGUGUCGCGAAUUGAAAUGCGAUCACGAUCACAGCCUCCAUGAUCACAGCUACUUUCAUCUUCGGAGCGGUAUGAGCCGCUAUGGUCAUCGAAGCAAGUCAAGCUUGGACCGCCGAAUCGAACGAUACAAAAGUUUCGGCCUACUAGAGUCGAACAUUCUGAACAGUUUUCAGUUGCAAAACUACCGGCGGAAAACUACCGGUGGAUACGAUUCGGCCAGCUCCUCUGGGCAGACAAGCUACAGUUCAACGACGUCCAGCAUGAUUGAGGACAUCUCCGACAAGAUAGAAGAAAUAGGCAAGCUGGGCAGCAAUAUCCAUUCGCUAAUGUACAAAUCGGUUGAGGUGCAUAAUGACAUACUGUCGCUGGAAGCAACCACAAAUCGACUGCUUGCGGAUACUAGGAAACUAUCUGAAGAUCUCGAUGAUGUCCGCUACCUGGACGAACUGAUAACGAUUCUGAACGGCGACAUUGGGCCCGUAAUUCAUCGCGAAUGGCCGUACCAAAUCCUGUUCGACACCCCGAUAGAGGAAGGCACUCCGGUUACGUGAAGCAGUUUGCUUUUCCACGAAACCGUCACGCCGCUAUAGAAUAAAUCCGAUUUUACGCAUUAUAUAGUUAUUAGGUAGCAUUCAAUUGUUGAUUUGACUAGGAGGAAAUUAGUAUUUUAUUAUUAGCGAAAGUUACGAAAUCAGUUACCAUUGUAGUCAAACCAGCUUCUAGUGUCCACCCAGUGGACAAGGAAAAGGACGUGUAUACUAACCAAAGAGUUUAUUGCAGGUACGAGAAGAACAUAAAAUGAAGACGAAAAUAAAAGUAAACCAUGUUUACCUAAAUAGAUAUAAA